UGGGGUUAAUGGUAGAGAAAUAAGUGGAGCAGUUCCUAAACACUAAUUAGUUGUUGAUUUUCUCCAAAUCCACUAAACCCAUUCUCCUAAAUUAAAUUACCCAAUUUAAUUAAUCCAUUAAUAACAAGCUUUAAUUCUUCACUUCUUUUAAAUAAAUAUCACAAAAGUGUGAAUUUGUCACAAGGCUAAUCAAUUUGUCAGCUUUGGAGGAACUCAACAAACAUGUUUAAUUUACUCUUUGGUUGGAGAAAAGCUUCUAAAUGUAAGAAUUUGAUUAGAAGGGUUCAAAGACGGAUUAAGCUAUUGAAGAACAAGAGAAGUUGCAUUAUCAAACAAUUGAGGGAUGAUUUAUCUGAGUUACUUAGAAAUGGACAUUACGAAAUUGUCAUUGAUAGGGUUGAACAGCUUUCGUUGGAUGAACGAAAGGUUGCAGUGUAUGAUUUACUGGAGAGUUACUGUGAAUUUAUAAUGAUCAACCUUCCGUGUAUUCGAAAAAACAAGGACUGUCCUGAUGAUAUCAAUGAAGCAGUGUCAAAUCUCAUAUUUGCAUCAGCAAGACUCGGUGAUGUGCCCGAGCUAGCUGCAAUUCGGAAGUUUUUUGGUGAACGAUAUGGUCAGAGAUUCGAAAAAUCUGCACUGCAAUUACUUCCUGGGAAUGUUGUGAGCCAUCAGAUGAUGGAUUAUAUAUGUACAAGUUCUAUAUCAGAAGAAGAGAAGUACAGAUUGGUUGAUGAAAUUGCAAGGAGUUGCUAUCAACAAGGACCUUUGCUUAUUGAAUAUAGACGCGAAUCACCAGAUGAGCUGGUAAAUGGAACCAGUAGUGCUGCAGCUGAUUACAUGGAUCCCCUAAUCGAUGAUCCAUCCGAUUCUCAUCAACAACUACUUCCUACAGCAAAUUCAACGUGUUACUCAACAACUAAGUCUCGUAAGGAUUCAGUAAACUCUUUGAAGGAUAAUCGUAACGAGUCCACAGGAAGGGAAAAGAGGAAUAUAAAUGCCUUUAUUUCGGAGCAAAACGUUGAGAAAAGAGCUGCUGAAUCAACUACAGAAGAAGAUUUAGCUGAAUUACCUGAACAAAUGAUAUAUUUGGAUGACAUUCAGGAGUUUGAGUCUGCUGUGAAGAAAGAUAUGGGCUUCGAGGAUCAAAGGCUAUUCAUGUUCAAAGCCCCUUUUGUUCCUUCGCGAUUAAAGAUAGAUACUCGUAGCAAAUCUAAAGGCAUUGAAAAGAAAUUUGAGUCACAGAAUGCAAAAGAAAGAUCAAGAACCUCGAGGAAGAACAGAACGAUAUCUGGAAAAAGAACGAGAAGGAAAUCAGGUUCGAUUGUGUCAGACAUUGAUAGUACAAUCUACUACGGAGACUUACCCGAGAGUUCUCCAGAUAGCAAACCAAAACGCCAAAACAGGCGAAGGAGUACAAGAAAGAGUUCUGUUUCGGAAAGUCAGAGAUCUUAUCAUACAUUUGCACAUGAUACAAAUGAUCAACCUUGCUCUGUCAAAUUCAGAAGCACAAUGACUUUUGUCAAGUGCAUCGACGAUCAUUCCAGAUGCAACGAGACAAUGGAGAAUCAUUGCAGUUUGGAACAUCCAUGUUAUUACUGGAUCACUGAUAAGAAAGGCAACGUGGAAUCUCCUCUUCGCGUUCCAAGGAGGAGAGUCAAAACCACAAAGGACUACAUCAAUCAAGAUCAAAAUGUUGAAUCAAUGAACGAACAUUCUGUAAAACACGAUACUGAGGAGGUAUUGAAGAGCCAAGAAAGAUGUGAUUCGACAAUGUAUUCAACGUCAAGAAUGACAUAUCAAAGGGCAAGAGACGAAAAUCAGGCCCCUUAUUUGAGAGCAAUGACUAUGCCUAUUGAAAGGCCUAAAGAUUGCCUCGUAGACAACUUUCUUCGAUCAAGUUCCUUCCCGGUUCAAGAGACUGAAAAUGGAUCAUACGAAAAUAGACAUGUCCAUCCUAAGCUACCAGACUACGACGAAAUAGAAGCUACAUUCUUAGCUCUCAAGAAAGAGAAAUUGCAAAAGAAAUGCUAGAGUAAAAUCGAUGGCUUAUUUUUACCAUAACAUAACCAUGAGUUAGCUAUAUUUUUCUAUAUUCUUUGUUCAUAUAACUAGCAGAAGCAUAUUUAGAUUGUAACAUAAAAGAGUUCUUUUUUGUGUGUUUUAGUGAUUUUAUUGAAGUCUUGGAGUGAAAUAUAGGCUUUAUGUUGGUUGGACU